AUGGUUUUCAUUACUAUUAAAAAGGGUGACCAGCCACAGUUUCUAUUGGAGCUUCCUGUAUCGGAAGAAGUAAAAACACUUGUUGAUUUGGCAUGUGAAGUAUACAACUAUCGAUUAAAAGUGUUCCGAAUCGCAGAUCAACUAACUGAACUGGCUGAACACGGGGUCUCUCUCCCGCCUAAUAUGCAAGGGCUUACGGAUGAACAAGUCGAAGAGUUAAAAUUGGUCGACGAGUGGGGUCAGAAGUGCAUUCCAAGUGGUGGUUAUGUAGAAAAUAAGGAUGAGAUCGGUCGAAGGAAUGGCAAAGCUCCAACGGAGAAGUUUGCUGAGAUCCUAGUUAAGACCAGUGCUGAAGCAAAAGCUCUAAUCUCCAAAGAUUUGGUUGGACAAGGGAAGGCUUUAUCAAAAGAGAUCGUCCACGAAGCUUUCAUGAUGCUAAGUGGUGCCGUCACUAUUGUUUAUCCAAUGGGUCUUCCGCCGUAUGAUCCUAUCCAGCUGGAAAUAAAGAAUGAAGAAGAUCUCUCAGGAACACAUGCAGCAACUGAAGUCAUUCCUGCCGAUGAAGCUACAAUUUGGUUUUCUGGGAAGGAAUUGCUUGUAGGAAAGAAGCUGUCAGAUUAUGUCGGGAAUAAUGACAAAACUAAGAUCAUUGCCAAAAUCCAGAAACGCGGAUCUGGUGCUCCUGCCCGCGAGGCGGUAAUCAGCGAGGCUGACCAACGCGCAUUGAUGGCUUUCUAUCACCGCCGUCAGGAAGAAUGGAAAAAAUUAGAGCAAAAUGACGAUGACUCUUACCUUGAUUCGGCUCCAACUGUGGGAGUCCUGACCUCGGCUGAUGUGGAUAAAUUUAUGGCUCCUAAUAAUCUAACAUUUGUUGAUCUGCUUUUACCAUUUAGUGGUCAAAUCAGGGAUGUAUGUAUGAAAGAUGGCAAUAAUAUUUCUCACGUGAUGAAGAAGCUUCGUAUUCGUUUUCACAACGCCCUUUUGCCUUUUGAUCUCUCUGUCAAGUGCGAAGGCGUAAUUGACCCGUCACUUUUCCCCCCUGCAUCAUAUUCAACAUUCUACCUCAACGGGAAAGCCUACAGUAUUCCAGUUGACACGUUUUGGUUUGAAUACUGGCGACACUCAUUCAUCUCUGGUCUCGGCCCCUAUGCGCACGAGUAUUUAACGCGCUAUCUUGGCUGCUUAUUUGUGGUUACCACUUGCAAUCCUGAUCCACUGAAUGCUUUCACUGUGCUUGUUCAGGAACAAGCUAACUUAGUCCGGACCCAGCCUUUGCGCUGGUUCAGCCCUUCGAAGUUGCCGAGUUUUUUUGUCCUUAUAAAUGACACGGCCUUAGUCGGAGCUGAUGAGACCAAAAGAAUUUAUCAGUCACUUGCAUCAACCUAUGGUAAUGCCAAUUGCUAUCUUUUGAAUCUGUCCUCACAACCAAAACCUAUGACUGCGGUGAAUGGUAACAGCGCGCCAUAUGCGGAUCCUUGGCUUUGCUAUCUCACACCCCAUGGCUGGGCUACAACGCACACAAACAAGAUAAUUAUUUCACCUCCGGGAGCAGAUUCAUCUCUCGUGUCCCGUUUGAAUCUGCCUCAUGGUCAAUGCCUUUCUGCUCAGGACAACGAUAAACUCCGGGCGUUUGUUGAAGAUUUUGUUAUACGUAUCCUCGUACCCUGGGCAGAAGCAACAAUAAAGAACUUGAAUGAUCAGAUUUCCCACCGAUUACGCAAAUCCCGCGGUUUUUUCUCAGUUACUCGGAAGCUCUUUGCUCAAGCGACCGGCUCGAGUAACGCGACCGCCGCUCCCUCCGCACCCUCUCUGGCGGCCCUCGAUGGACCUCAGCAGUCAUCCCUAGCUAUUUCCUCUAGCCGAUCUGAUUCAAAUGUUGGUCAACUUGUUCUCAACACAGCAACACCGUCUCCCAACCCAGCCCUCCAACAGCCUGCGAACAACUCCACCAUUCUCACAGACGACUCCCCGGAGCAGCAAAUGCGCCGCCUGGCUGAUUUGUUAUUCCUGUUUCAGCAGUACGAAUCGGCUCACCAAAUCUACGACUUACUUAAGCGUGAUUUCAGGCAGCACUCUGCUUGGCUCAAUUACGCUGGCGCACAGGAAAUGUCAGCUAUUUCAACGUACUUGCAGGGCGCUGUCAGCCAACGACAAUACCCACAGCACCAAAUGGAUGACGCGAUUAUUACAUACAUAACAAGGGGCAGUAAAUACGAUUUCUUUAAUCAAAGGACUUCUGAGCUCGCGCUCAGGGCCGUUCUUCUCCACACGGAGGCUCUCAAGUCUCGUGAGCUGUUUGCCGAAGCUGCGGUGUGCUUCCUUCGUCUUGCUGAUGCGCACGACUACAUGACCGGGGGUCUUUUGCUGGAGCAGGCUGCGCACUGUUGUCUCCGCGGCAAGCGGCCGCUGCUUCGGCACUUCGCAAUGCGAAUGGCCCUGGCUGGCGUGAGAUUCGCUCGGGCCAAGCAGGUGUGUUUUGUUGUGAAUAAAUUUUUUGCAUUUAUUUUGCGUGUAAUUACCUUUGACCUAUUAAAGGCCGCUAUGUUUUUCUUUGUUGGGCAGCCCCAUCUGAGCGUCCGGUCGUAUUCGCUGGCACUGAAGAUUCUUUCCCCGCGGCGAGAGGCUGACGACGGUUGGAGCCUGGCACUGGACCACAUCAACGAGAAUUUGGCCCGCCAAAAACUGAUCUCCGGCCAGUUAUCGGAGGCCUUCGAUUGCCUCAGGCGCCUCAUAUCACCACAAAGUCACCAGCUGGAGGCAAAGCAGGCUCGGUUUCUGCGAGACUUCGUUGCUGUCGCCGCUCGGGUUAAUCACGCUUUUCUUAAACCCUUAUCCCAACCCUUUGUGAAUGCCAGUAAUAGCACUGGCGCAGAAUGGAUUGAACUCAGUCUUCCGGUUGUUGACAAGGCACGGAUCAAAACGAUGCUGGGCGCACCCGUCUCCACGCGUGAUGACGAUGGUUCUGUCGAGGCACGAGGCACCUCCUUUUCAGACGACGAAGAUGGCGAGGACGCGAAAGCCUUCUACACCCAAAGAGCCUGUCUUCCGCACAACUUCAUCUCGCACGUGUUUCCCACUCUUGUGACUCCAGACGCUAUUCCAGCUUGGAUGGUCUCUACAGACUCCCAAGUCACCACAUGGGACAGCGACGAUGUCGACAGUUUGAGGAAGCCCGGCGAGGAGUUUGUUCGCCUCGUUUACGGCCGACCCACCUACCCCCUGGCCCGUGACGCCGUGUUCCGACGCCUGGAGACCCUCCUGUGUCUCCACUGCGGCAACAAACUGCCCACCGACGAUGCUGGCGGUUGCCUGGUUCUUGCACCUCCAUCUAGGCUACAGAAUUCGAGAAAGAGCACCCAACCUCACUGUUUAUCAGUUGGUGAGAGAGCCUUGAAAUUGAUUCGCAGUUUUCUCAUAAAACUGAUUGCAUGUGACCCUUUAGAGCAGCUGACUGUGCAGAUCCCGCUGCACAAUCCCUGGAGGGUACCCCUAGUGCUAACCGACAUGCACCUGAUGUGGCAGGCCUCUUUCGCCCAGCAGCGCACCUCGUCAGAUGUGGACUCCGCCUCGAGCGCGGUCUCCACCCACCGUGUUGUCGUCUCCAACGAGGACGCCAAUCAGGAGAGACUGCGGGAGGCCAAAAAAUUCGUCACGACGGAGUUACUCAGCGAGUUCUACAUGCUCCCCGGCGAUAGGAAAGCGGUUGGUGCAGGUUUUAGCCUUGCUGUGCCCAGUAUGCUUGUGCAAGUCACCUCUAAGGCGAACCUCAACCCAAUUGGUCUCGUUAGAGUUGAGCUCAGCAUCCAGCCUCGCCAAUAUCCUGGCGACGUUCAGAUCGUCGGCCUGGCCUUCUACCUAAACUCUUCAUCCCCCCACCAGUCCACAACUGGUGUCCAAUUCUGCGCCGACGGCCCGCCUUCUGUUGCUGUGGCGGCCGCUUUGCCCGCUGGUCUCACACAGACCCCGUCUUCUUCGGGCAUCUUCAGCGUCACCACAAGCCUGUCGUCUCUCGCGCUAUCGAGCACCACACCUCAAGUGGACAUGUCGGUGGGCAACUCGGACAGCGAGUCGUCCGACGCGUCGUCAACCGAGAACCACCUGCUGGCGCAGGAUCCAUUAAGCUUUAAGCCAGCUUCUCCGGCAGUUGCCUACGGCUCCAGGCUUCAGGCUAAGGUUACUUUUGACAUGGAAUCCGAUCUAAGAUUCCAGUGGAAAAUUCAGUCGCCACGGCCGUCAUUAAAGGUAAUUAAUUGUCUGCCACUAAUGCACGUGUGUGUGUGCCCCUUCACGUUGUUUUCUCACCUCUUUCGUUUUCGUUUUUUUACCACAAGCCCUUCUCCUACUUCCUAUAUCCAUGGGCUUGCUCUUGUCAGCCUCUUGUUCCUAUCUAUUAGCGAGUUUGGCAUUCAACUACGAUUUCUUUUUCUACAGGCGAUAUUUGACUCGUUUCCUCAGCACCUAUUUGAAGGCGAAAUCUACGGUCACAGUAUGACCCUCAUCAACGUUGGCCUCCACGCCCUCACCAACCUCCACUUGGUGUGUUCGUGGCCGAGUUUUUUUGUUCUCCCUCCGUCCUCCCCCCACAAAUCGCCACCACCCUUCAUCACGCCGAUCGCACCGACCGCGACCAUCGAGCCCUCCGCGUCCAGACGGGAGCAGUUCUGGCUUCGUGCGCCCGCCUCGCACAUCCGACGAGCCAAUCACUAUCUCGCAAAUUCGAUGCCUCACAACAACGCACCUCGGCCCCUGGCUCCCCUAACGUCGCCAUCGCGGAAAGUCUACUUCGUUUUCGGUUACAGUAGCCAGGGCUCCUCCGAGUUUCUUCGACACGAGGCGAAUCUCUACCUACUGCCGUCGCUUCACUUCACGGCCACUUGCUCGAGAACUCAAGGAACGGCAGUGGAUUCACUCUUUGUGAUCCUGCGGUGCAAAAAUGCCUCGUUGCAGCACGCCUUUCGUGUGGUCCAGUUAACGUGCAUCAGCGAGGACUGGGACAUCGAGCUUGUGGCUCCCGCAGCUGCCUCCUUGCAAGGCAAGUUGACCCGAGUUUUCCACAAGAAUUUGGAGCGUCAACUGCCAAUUACCUUAUCCCAGGCUCCUGUUCAGUUAAACUACGACUGUUGUGAGGUCGUACUGUUUGCCCUUUUUUCACGCCGAGAUGGUGUUGCCAUAAGUCCAACCCAGGAAGUAACGCUGUGCGUGCGGGCGUCGCGACGAAGCGCCUCGUCGCCAGCCGGUGAACGCUGCUCGGACGUUGUCCUCGGCCCGCUGUCCUCUGCUCGCAUCGACGCCGCUGCGUCCCCCCACGUCACUUUCUUCCGUCGCGCCGUCCACGCCUCACAGUUGGCGCUGCCUGCGAGUAAUAAAACAACGAGCUACUCAGUCCCGGAAACAGACUUGCAGCCGAAAAAUCUCGUCCUAAUCGCAUUCUGGCGGGUCAUUACCCCAGAUCCCAACGAUUGUGCUCGGAUUGGUCAGAGCCAUGUCCACGUCGUCUACUCCCACACCCCAGCAUCGCCCCAAUCUCCUCCGGGCCACCAGCUGGCGCAGGUGCUGGCCUCGGUGCCCUCCCUCCUGCCCCUCUCGUCCCUCGUGCGUCUGCGCCUGCACCACCCGUUUGAAGUGGUGCACGACUUCGCAGCCUCGGCGAAUCAACUCAUCCCCGCACUGCCCGAUCGCGCAAGUUCUGCCAUGGCUGUAAUCCCAGUCACCGCUGAACUCUACAAUGCAAGUUCGGCUCCGAUAACAGUCCGUCUUUCAACCAGCGGCGAUUACACAAAUCGAAACUCGCCACACUUCGCCUCGAACCCCGAGUCCUCAGCAGCGCCACCCGACCCCUCGCGCCCACAGAAACCGUCUCUUCCAAACCACCCACCGUCCGUCCUCUGGUCGGGCGUUUCGCUGAAGCAGCUCGCCUUGGGUCCUGGUGAAACGCAGUGGUUGUCUCUCAAGGCACUGGCCGCUUCACCGGGAGUGUACGAGGUUAAUUCCUUCUGCGUGAAGGCCUCACAACAUCGUCGUCGCGAUGACGGUGAUGACGAAGAUGGCACGACCUGGGGCGCGGUGUCUGCCUCAGCAGAUGCUCCGUUUGUGCGCCAACUCUGUGACUUCUCCUCCCUUGUUGUUGUGUCCACACGAUGA